CGCACCAGGCAAUCUCCCACUUGGAGCAAUUCUGAGGUGCUGAACCUCAUCAGCAUUUGGGGAGAGGAGGCUGCCCAGUUCCAGCUGCACUCCAGCCGUAGGAAUUAUGAUAGCUAUGGUCAGAUUUCAUGAUGUAUGGCAGAAAGAGGUCAUGACCGGGACACACUGCAAUGCAGGGUCAAAGUGAAGGAGCUGCGGAAUGCCUACCACAAGGCACGGGAGGCAAACUGCCGCUCCUGUGCUGCGUUCAUGAGCUGCCGGUUCUACAAAGAGCUGGAUGCGAUAUUCAAUGGCAACCCCACCUCGAAUGUGAAGGCCACUGUAGCUACUUCCAUGGCUCAUGUGUCAGUCAAGAGUGGACCAAGCCAGGAGGAGGAAAUCUCGGAUGCAGAUGUGGAGUGGGAGGGGGGUCCAGAGGCAGAGGAAGACUUGGAGGUCAGAGAUGCAUGCAGCCGGGAGCUCUUCUCUAUCCUGGGGGAGGCUAGCCAGUCACAACUGUUGGAGCGUGGCGAAGUGCAAAUAGCAGAGGAGGUGCCUGAUAUGACCGUGGGAGCCCAGCCUCCGUCUUUGUUAUCUCCAGCUGAACAGCUGAGCAGAAUUAGAAGGUGGCCAUGAAGAACUAAAGAGGACUUUCUUCGUGAUGUCAUGAUGCAUUCUGCGGCCGAAAGAACAAGAAUUGAAGGAGUGGUAGGACAGCGAGAAGAGGGAGCAAAAGGAGAACGCGGCGCACCAGAAUGCAGCCACGGAGCGGCUCUUCAAUGUUAUGGAGCUCCAAGUGAACACGUUCCAAGAGAUACUAGCACUGUAAACCGAGCAGCUCCACGCCCGCCCUCCCCUUCCAGCCGGUGUUGCAAAACUCUUUUCCAUGCGCCCUCUAGACACCACCAACACACAUAUUAACCUCUUGGCUCCAGUCUAUCCGCUGCAUUCCACUCCUCCCCCAUCACAGUCCAGCCCUGCGGACUCCCAGUACCCACUGCACU